AAUUAAUCAUUGAUUUCCUUUUUCUACUUUUUUUUUUCUUUUUCAUUUCCUAAAUUUGGAUCUGUCAUUGGAAUUUGUGUCAUGUUUUCACAUUGAUCUAGUUAGGAGACACUACUGGUUUUAAGUAUUGUUAUGUGUGUUCUUCUUGCAAUUAAUUCACCUCCUUUGUUAUUGUUCUUUAUUUCCUUGGUUCUUGUUCCUUUUGACAGGCUGAUCUGAAUAUAGUUAAUAGCCUUAUCCUUAUUAAAAAGUGUGAUAGUUAGUGGAAAAAAUCUAAAAACAUGAAGCAUAAAGAUGGAAAACUGAUCAAUCCCCCGAACAAGCACAGAUCGCUGACCGCGGCAAUUACUAUCAUUGUGUUGUGUGGUUUUUCCUUCUACCUAGGUGGAAUCUUUAAAUCUGGAAAUAGUGAUAAUGGUGUUAGUGUAAUCAACAACAUUCAGAAAACACUUGAAUCUCCUAAAGAGUCCUCAGGUUCUCUUCAAAUUAGGUCCUUCAAUUUCCCUGAAUGCAGCAAUGACUAUCAAGACUACACUCCAUGCACAGAUCCAAAGAGAUGGAGAAAGUAUGGUACCUAUAGACUUACUUUGUUGGAACGCCAUUGCCCUCCAAUUUCUGAGAGGAAAGAAUGCUUAGUUCCUCCUCCACCUGGAUAUAAGCCUCCAAUUAGAUGGCCAAAGAGUAGAGAUGAAUGUUGGUACAGGAAUGUGCCAUAUGACUGGAUUAACAAGCAGAAGUCUAAUCAGCAUUGGUUGAGAAAGGAAGGGGAGAAAUUUCUGUUUCCUGGUGGGGGUACUAUGUUCCCUAAUGGUGUUGGUGAAUAUGUUGAUUUAAUGCAAGAUCUGAUCCCAGGAAUUAAAGAUGGGUCAGUUAGAACUGCAAUUGAUACUGGUUGUGGGGUUGCUAGCUGGGGUGGUGACUUGUUGGAUCGCGGCGUUCUGACGAUUUCUCUUGCACCGAGAGAUAACCAUGAAGCUCAGGUUCAAUUUGCUUUGGAGCGCGGUAUCCCUGCAAUUCUUGGUGUCAUCUCUACACAAAGACUUCCUUUCCCUUCAAACUCCUUUGAUAUGGCUCAUUGCUCUAGAUGCCUUAUCCCAUGGACUGAAUUUGGUGGAAUUUAUCUCCUUGAAAUACACCGAAUUCUUCGUCCUGGAGGAUUUUGGGUUUUGUCCGGUCCACCAGUAAACUACGAGCGUAGGUGGCGCGGAUGGAAUACGACAGUGGAAGAACAAAGAUCAGAUUAUGAGAAGCUACAAGAUUUGCUCACAUCAAUGUGCUUCAAAUUAUACAACAAAAAGGAUGACAUUGCUGUAUGGCAGAAGGCCACAGACAACACUUGCUAUGAUAAGCUUUCAAGAGAUAGCUAUCCUCCAAAAUGUGAUGACAGCCUUGAACCAGAUUCAGGGUGGUACACUCCGCUUCGCGCAUGUUUUGUCGUUCCAGACGCAAAGUACCAGAAAUCAGGACUCACAUACAUGAACAAAUGGCCUCAAAGGUUGAAUGUUGCACCUGAAAGGAUUUCAAUUGUUCAAGGUUCAAGUUCUAGUAGUUUUAGUCAUGAUAACAGUAAGUGGAAAAAGCGUGCUCAACACUACAAGAAGUUGGUUCCUGAACUUGGAACAGAAAAGGUAAGAAAUGUGAUGGACAUGAAUACAGCUUAUGGAGGUUUUGCUGCUUCCUUGAUCAAUGAUCCUUUGUGGGUUAUGAAUGUUGUCUCAUCUUAUAGUCCUAAUACACUCCCUGUUGUUUUCGACCGCGGCCUCAUUGGAACCUUCCAUGACUGGUGUGAAGCUUUUUCAACAUAUCCUAGAACCUAUGACUUACUUCAUGCUGAUGGACUCUUCACUGCAGAAAGCCACAGAUGUGAAAUGAAGUAUGUGAUGUUGGAAAUGGACCGUAUUUUAAGACCAGGCGGACACGCUAUAAUUCGAGAGUCAAGUUAUUUUGCGGACGCAGUUGCAACAAUUGCCAAGGGUAUGCGAUGGAUAUGUCGCAAAGAAAACACUGAGUAUGGUGUUGAGAAAGAGAAGAUAUUGAUAUGCCAGAAAAAGUUAUGGCAGCCAUCCAACUCAGGAUCAAGAUAAUGUGACAAACUCAUGAACAUGUGAAGUGGUGAGAAAGGAGUGGCUAUUAAGAAAUCGUAAUUCCAUAAGUAAAGAAGCAAAGGGAAACGAAUUCAGAGCCAUUCUUAACAAAAAAGAUUGAUUCAUUCUUAUUAUAAUCAAUAUCAAUAUAUAUACAGAUCAAGGAUCAGUCAAGUUCAAAUUUUUAUCAAAUACUAUUGGAGAACUAGUAACUCAAUAAUUUGAUUUUGUUAAGUUAUAUAGAAGAUUUUCUUAUAGAUAAUAUUCUUUGUAUUGCAUCAAAUUUAAUGUAUCAGGUGUAUUCCUCUUUGUUUAUCUAUUUUUGUUGUUGUUAUUGUUGUGUAAUAUCCAACUUCUUCCAAAGUUAAUUCAUGUGAAGAAAUGAAAGUUUCAUCUCCCACAGAAAGCAUAUAAUAUGCUAUAUGCAAUUUAUACAAUAAUAAUUGAUACUCUUAUGUUGAGUUA